AAAUGUUUACAAAAGUGGAAUUUUUUCUUCUUAAUUUGAUUAUAAUUCUAGUGACUAGUGAUAUAAAAUAGUUGUGGAAUGACCGUGUAGCCGAUUGAAUCGGGCCCCAUAUUCAUGCCUGUAAUUCAAUGUCAUCUGUUAUCGGUUUGUGUUGCCAUUAGUUGGAUCAUCAUCAUAUCGAUUCAAUCAGUCCAUAAUCGACCGAUAAUUCAUAAUUUCAAUAUUUCAAUCCCAUCAUCAAUGUUUGAACAUGAAAAUCAACUGGAUAUUACACUCGUAACAAAAACAAAAAUAACAACAGCAACAACAACAACAACAAUCAUGGUUAAUAGCAACAACAAAUCACCGAUUAGAUUGCCAGAUGGUUCAUCAAGAUAUAAAUCAUUAAGAUCCAGAAAAAGUAUCGUUUUUCAUAUCAAAAUGAUGGCUUUUUUUGUAUUAAUUUUCAUAUUGGGCGUUUCAUUAGCUGCAUUACUUGCUGCUGACAAUGAUUACGGUUAUAAUUGGGUUUAUGGCGAUGAUGAUUCAGCUAGUUAUGGCGGAGUAACCGUAGGUGGUGCGGGUGAAGAUUAUGAACAACAAUGGGAAGGACAACAACAACAAAUGAAACCAAACCAAUAUGAUGAUGAAACAGGCGAAUGGAUCGAGACAACACCACCGAAGAAAAAGAAAAAAAAGGCCAAGAAAAAGAAAAAAGUUGCAAAAAAGAAAAAGAAUAAAAAAAAGAAAAGUGAAAAAUCACCCAAAUUAUCAGAGGAUAAAAUACAAUUUCUUGCACAAUUAUAUGAUAUAUUCAAAAAAGUGAAACCACCUCCGUCAGCGCUACCAAAAGAAUUGCCGCUCAUUCAGCAACAGCAGCAGCAAUUGCCACCAUUACAGAACAUUCAAAAUACGAUACGUUCAGAUUAUCGUUGGGAUCCAAAUACUCAUCAACAGAUGAUGCUAAUGAAUGCUUAUCAGCAGCAGCAAGCAUUAGCACCGCAAAUGAAACAAGUGGAUGAUCAACAAACACAAAUUAUCAAUAUUCAAUUGCCGAUCAAAAAUGUUGUACGCCAUCGUCGUCGUGAACAAAGACGAAUGAUUCCUAGACGUGAAGAUCAACUUUCAUCACAAUUGAUCCAGGCACCUGGAGUAGCAACGAAAAUAUGUGAAAAAAUUCAUCCAAUAAUUCGUGAUAAUCUAAAUGGAAUCAAUUAUCGUGAACAACGACCACGAUCACCACCAAGAAACGGAUCGAUCGUACUACGACAAAGGAAUCCAAUAUCACCAUUUCGAUUAGGUGGUCAUGGUGGUGGUGCAGGAGGAGGUAAUGCCGUAUGGUCACCAUAUCAAAGAGCAUUCGAUCCAUGGUUUAGGCAUCCCCAACAACAACAACAACAACGACAACGACAACAACAACGACAACAAAAAUAUCAACAAUCAAGAUCCAAUCGAAACGAUAACAAUAAUAACGAUGAUAAUGGUCGAUAUGCAGAGGAAGCAUUGCAAGAAUCUUAUUUCAACAUCUAUUUCGAUAAUAAUAAUAAUAAUAAUAACGGGUAAAAAUGAAUGGAAAAACUGAGUGAAAAAUACAAAACAAAACAAAA